GAACCGUCAAGUAGUAGAAGAAGAACAAGGCGAAAGUUGAAGGGUAAACAUGGCAGCAAGCAUAAGUGUGAAACACGGACUGGCGUGCGGUAAACAUGCGCUGUUCUUCCCCGUCCAAAGAAAAACUUCUCCCGGCAGCGAGUUUCGGAGCGUGAGGGCCGCAGCCAGCGCGACAGCGCCACAAAACGAGAAGUUCUGCUUGGAGCUCGUCAGGUCCAGGGACUACGAGGGCUUUGUGUGCUCCCUCCUGCUGCCAGAGGAGGCGCGCCGCUCCGCCCUGGCUUUGAGAGCCUUCAAUGUGGAACUAGCACAGGUGAAGGACUCUGUCUCACAGAAGACGCUUGGUUUAAUGCGAAUGCAGUUCUGGAAGACGGCGGUAGAAGACAUUUACCGAGACAAGCCUCCAAACCAGCCAGUCAGUAACGAGCUAUGGAGGGUGGUGAGGAACCAUAGGCUGACAAAGAGAUGGCUGUCGAGGAUCAUAACAGAGAGAGAAAAUGAUCUGGACGACAGAGCCUACAGAAACCUGCAGGAGCUGGAGUCGUAUGCUGAGAACACGCAGUCGUCGCUCUUGUACCUGCUCCUGGAGUCUUUGGGAGUGAAAGACGUCCACGCCGACCAUGCGGCGAGUCACAUCGGGAAGGCGCAUGGCAUUGUGACGUGUCUGAGAGCCACGCCUCAUCACAGCGCACGGCGGAGAGUUUACUUGCCCAUGGACAUCUGCAUGCUGCACGGCGCUUCCCAAGAGGACAUCAUCCGCGGUAGCCGCGAGCAGAACGUCCGGGAUGUGGUGUACGACAUCGCCAGUCAGGCUCACGUUCAUCUGCAACAUGCGCGAUCGUUUGGCCCCAGCAUCCCGGCAGCUGCGACUCCGGCCUUUCUCCACACGGUAGUGUUGGAGGACUACCUGCAAAGGGUGAGAAAGGCGGAUUUUGACAUCUUCCACCCAAGCCUGCAGAAAAGGAACCCCCUUCUUCCCAUCCAGCUGUAUCUGCGCUCCUGGAAGAAGACCUACUGACCCUUUUCUCGAACAAUCUGCAGCGCACGUAGACUUAAAGAAAUGGUGGACAUUUAGGUAAAGUAACAAGUUAUUUUACUUGGUUACUCUUUGUCUUUUUGGAUUGCUAUCUAUAAAUCAGUGUUUCCCAA